UGCCCUAGUACUUUUUUCUGCUUUCUUAUAUUUGAUAUUGCUGAACUGGCUUAUAUGUUUGUUGGGAAUGACUUGGAAAGAUGUUCUUCCAAUGAGCUUUCUCCCUAUGGGUUGUUCCUCUGUAUCUAGAGUUAACUAGUUGUAUGGGAAGUUCUUAUUACAAGGCUGAAUGAUUAUAGUUUGUGUUGCAUAUAGUUCUGUGUCUUGAGAUAACUGGGUCAAAUGAGUGUUAGAAUGACUUCAAAACAAGGUAUUUUUGUUUAAAGCUUUCAAUUGGAUCAUGCUUUAGUUUUUUUUUUUUUUGUCUUUUUUGAGGUAUCAUUACAGAGAGUGACUUCUUUUGAGUGUUCUUGAAAAGUCUUAAUAUAUUGUUUCUCUUUUUUCAGUUGCUCUAUUUUGUCCACUAUGUUUUUCCUAAUAGUAGCUUUAUAUAUUACUUACUGCAAGGAUCAACCAUCUUGUUCUUACUUGCAUAAAGGUGGCUGAUUUCUAUCUUUGGAAUUACCCUGAACUUUCGGGUGUAAGUAAUUGUAUCUAAUUGUGUAUAACUUUUUCUGUUAGCUUAGUUUGAGUACUUUGCACAAUGGAGUUUUGUUCUUAUGACAUUGAGAUUAGAUACAGCUACUGGUCUAGCCAUCAGCAAUAUGAAUAUUGCUAUCAUCAUCCAAAGAAGUAACAAAAUACAACGGCAGAAAGGAUGUAAGGUACACAUGAAUCAUGCAUUAGAAUGUGUUGUGUUUCAUUUGUCCCUUAUCUAUAUCUUGGUGUUCUUAGGUGGAAUAGAUUUACGAUGCUAGAACAAUAAUUUGUUUAGCUGCUCAAGCUUUUACUAACCUGUUGGAAGAAAGUGAGUAGCCUUUGAUUCUUUAUUAUUAGGAAUGUAUUUAGACCUGCCAACUCAACAUGAAUGAGCUGGCCAAUGUGAUCCCAACUCUGCCUCCAUAGGUAGACUACUCCUUCCCCUAGUUCUGUUCGUCCAAAACUUUGUCGUCAUUGACAUAACAUGAGUGCCACUUUAGUUGUUAGUGCUGCAUUCUUAGUGUUUGUCGUCAUUGACAUAACAUGAGUGCCACUUUAGUUGUUAGUGCUGCAUUCUUAGUGUCGUUCGGUCUGAGCAUAUGCCCUGCCUCAAGAAGUUUUGGAACUAUUUAGCUUCAUCCUUAGUAAUCACAUUUAGUAGAUGAAGCUGAAAUAUGUACUGAUUUAAUCAGUCAUGAUAGAUAAAAGAGUAUAACUGUUGAAUCUCGGAUUUUGAUGAUGAAAUCAAUUGAUGAAGUUAUGAUCUAAUCAGCGUUUGAGUGACGCAGGACUAACUUCGAUUAUGGAAAGACAAAUCGAUUGAAGGAGAAUCAGACGUUGGGCCGGAGAGCAUCAUAUUAGAAGAUUGGUUGACGUGCUGGCAGAAGGACUUCGUGCCAUGAGUUCGGGCAUCGGGCCAGAAGGAUCAGACAUUGCGCUAAGAAGAUUGGAUGUUGCGGGAGAUCAACAUGUCGAUCGGAUGUUACGGGAGGUCAACAUGUCGAUCGGGCAAUACGUCGAAGGAGAGGACGAUACAUCGAAGGUUCGGACGAAGUGCCGGAUGAACUAAUGACAUGUCGGAUAACAUAGUAUUCUUGUCUUGUAAUCGGUUGUUCUUGACAGUGAUUUAAAAAGCGCUAGGCGCCAAAAGGCGCCAAGGUCCAAAAACGCCCGAGGCGCUAGGCGCUCGCCAGAGCGAAGUGAGGCGCUAAAAUAUAAAAAUAUAUAAUAUAAUUAAUAAAUAUAAUUAUUUAAAAUUUUAAAUAAAAAUAUGCUAUUAAAUUAAGAAAAUCUAAGAUACAAAAUCACAAUGUCACAUUAACAAAAAGUUUCAAAAUUCAAAACAAUAAAAUUUUACAUCAAAAUAAAAAUUAACAACAUUAAAAUCAAAAUAAUAUAUUAUUAAUCUAUUAACAGUAUUGAAAAUUAAUCAUUUCAAAAUUCAAAUAAACUUAAUAUUAAGAGUAUGUUGUAUACUGAGCCUGACGGAGAAACGAGGAAGCAGCGGCGAGCGGCAGCGGGAAAGAGAAAGGGAGCGGGAGGCGCGAGCAGCGGGAGGGCUCGCGGGAGUCGCGAGCAGCGGGAAGGCUUGCGGGAGGCGCGAGCAGCGAUAGUGACGAACAGCGGCAGCGGGAGCAGGAGCGACGAGCAGCGAGAUCGGGAGCGGCAGCGACAGCGGGUUAGGGUUAGGUAAGGGUUAUAUCGGUUUAGUUGGUUCGAUUGAACCAACUAACAACCGAACCAGGACUGAACCAGACCUAAAAUCCUGGUUCGGUCACUUGGUUUACCCAGGCGCUCGCCCGAAGCGCCCAACGCCUGGGCUCGGGCGAGCGCCCAGGCGGCGCCUGUUUGAAGCGCGCCGCCUGGGACAUUAGCGAGGCGCUUGGGCCUCGCCUCGCCUCGCCCGAGCGCCUAGGCGAGCGCCCGAGUGCCUCUUUCAAUCACUGGUUCUUGAUUGAAGUAGUUUAGGUUGUAAUUGAGUUGGUUUUGGGUGUAACUAUGCCAACUCAGUUAGGGGCCCAUUGGGCCUAAGUCAAGGUUGAUUUGGGCCCAUUGGGAGGCCCAUUCAGUGACCCAUAGUUGGGUCAAGCGAUGGAACCGCCUAUGAGUUGAAACGUACGAAGUGUACGUUUUCUAGAAGACUUGGUUAUGGUAUCGCCAGUGUCAAGCGGUGGUGUUGCUCAGACUAGUAGUGGUACCACCCAUACACCUAGUAGUGGUACCGCCAGCAGUUAAUGCUGCAGGUGGUGGUAUCGCCCAACACUGGCGAUGGUAUCGGCAAGACCUUGAAAACCCGGGAUGAGACUUUUUUUGGCUCCAUUUUAUAAGUCAUUUGGGGUCUAUAAAUACCCCACUAAUUCCUGCUUGGAAGAGCAAGAAAAAGAGUGGAAAGGGGAAAGAGUCCUCGAGGAAAAAGUGUUCUAAUCUUUUUUAAAGUUUAGAGUCUCUUUCUCCUAGAGUUAGAAGUUUUCUAAGGGAGGAGUGUGGUCUUGUGUAAAAGAGAGGUGUGAAGGUUCUCUCCUAAGCCUAAGAAAAGGAGAAAGAGUAGGGUAGUUGAUCUUUAUCCGUUGAAAAGAAAAUCGGUAGUGAAAGCCGGUGGCCUUGAGUGAAGAGGAAUCGGGAGUGGACAUAGGUCGGGACGAUCGAACCAUUAUAAAUCGGUUUGUAUUUUCUUUAUGCUUUUCAUUUCUAUUACAAAUUGAUUUACUUGCUCACUAUUCUUACGAAUAUUUUUAAGUUAAAACGCAUUUUCGAUACGGGUUUGAUUGCCCCCCCGCCCCCCCUCCUCUUAAUACCGUUUAUGGUCCUAACAAUAACAACAAAGAACCUGACCCGUUGUUGUCGUGGAGAUUUCAUGAAGCAUCCACAUUCUAAAUCAAUAACAGUUUGACAUUUUGGUCUGUUUGGAGCCUUUUAGUCACCGCUGGAAAUAUACUUCCCACCAUAAGGAAAUUUCAGCUCAUUAUGUUAUCAUUUGUUCCAUUGCACAUGUAAGAUUAUUCCAUAAUCAAUAGAUAUGAUGGACUCGAGACACAGACCCUGGAGGAGAUACUAAGUAGCUAAAAUUUUGUAGCUAGGUGAUGGUGAUGCAUUGUGGUAAAACGUGAUAACUAAAUGAUAUUAUAUGCUUAAUUGAGUGGACCAGAGAUGCUAUUUUUCUUGAUCAAAAGAGGCAAACAGUCCACAUCGACUUAUCACAAGCCAGAUAGUAUAUUCUCCUAGAAUGAGCUAUGAACAAGCUAAUUGAACUUUCUAAAAUUUGCUAUUGAAAUCAUCGUUGGUGGCAGAUGGCCAAAUCAUGUGCUUUAAAAAUCAUUCCUUCUAGCAUAUUCAUCUAGUCUGCAUUGACCAGCAUGUUAGGAGGUGUUAGGUUGUGUGAAAGAGAUGGAAUGUUGGAAGGGAUAAUGAACAGACAAAGGAUGGUGAACAAGAGUGAUGCUGUGAUUUCUGACUGGAGAUGUAAAACUUUCGAGACCUGAUUUCCUUGGUAUCAGCUGAGAGUAAGAGUAAAUCACAAGUCAUCUUACUUGUCAGUUUAAGUAGAUUUACUCUUGCACCAAGUAUUACGACUUGGUGUAGGAGUAAACAGUCCAAAACUGAUUUCCUAGGUAUCCACUGGAAGUCAAAAUACUUGGUGUAAGGGUAAAUCUACUCAUCUAGUUCACUAUAUGACUUCCGGUCCCCCCUUGUCGCAUACCAAAAGAAAUAUAUCAAAGAAUUAGAAGUUGCAUAUUACUUGUCAGUUGCCUCUUUAUGCAUAUUAUUUUUCCUUCCAUGCACUGUAGGGUUAGUUUCUCUUGGUAUGGCUCAUUUUUCUAUAGAAUCCCCACCAUAGUACUAGUGCCAUAUGAAAGGGAAAGAGGCCAACCAGCAGAAAGGUAUUGGGGCAUUGUUUUUCGGUAGAUUGUUGAAUAUGUUGGGGCAUUAUCUUUCCUUUUCCUAUGUUGUAGAUUUGCCCUAUAAGAAUAAGACUACUUUGUAAAUCAGAAAAUUUUCCCCCUUUUCGGUCAAGGUUGUGUCUCUGUCUGGAAUGCAGUCUUAGAAUAAUCCUUUAAAUCAAAUUGUUCAUGUUGGGGAAUUGUGAUGGUCAUAUAAAUUUUUGAGUUUGUUGGUAGUUAUCAAUUAGUACUUAAUGUUACUUGGAUGUUCUUGAUUUAUAUCAUAUGUGAGGGUAUAAACAAUCUGAGAUAUUGCAGCAUAAAAUAUAAAAUUCUGUUUUUUUUUUUCAGAAAGGAAUAAUAUUAGUGUUCAUACCACAAACUUGUGCAUUCUUCGUGAUGGCUUGGAACUGUUAUUGGAAAGAACGAAUUCUAGCAAGUCCAGAAACCGACCAUUGUAAGGAGGCAAGUUUAGCGGCAGUCAAAGAAAGCAGUGACCGGUGAUGGCCCUGCAAAUAUGAUCACUGAUUCUUGCCCCUUAAGAGCAAUGGGUGAAUCCCCUGCUAAGAGCAAUGGGUGAUUUUUUGUUCUUCUGUAGAUCAUUUUAUGAUUAAUUAGUUGCCUUUCACUUGUGUUAACACCAAAAUUGACAUGAUUUUUUUUUUAAAUUAUAUUCCUGUGUGGACAGCAGCUUAUGCUUUUGGUAAAUGGAACUUAGUUGUCACUAUUUCCUACCACUCCUGCUAAUGAUGUGCCUCAACAUCACCUGCAGGAACUUGUCGGAGUUUGUACUCAUAUAUGCUUGACGACCGCAUGGCCAUAUGCAUGCUUGAUGAUGUAAUGAACAUGUGUUUGCUUAUGCGUGUUGGUAUUCAUUAUGCUUAUCAUCAAUCAACAGGUAACUUUCCACAAGGGUUUGUGGUUUUCUGAGUCGCUCAACAAAAGCUGUUUAGCUGUAUGGAUGUGGGUGUGUGUGUCGAUUGAAAACAUGUUUUUGUUGCAUAAAUAAAAUAAAUGGUUUUGAUUGUGUGUGUGUGUAUAUAUAUUGUGCUGUUUAGAAUAAAUCAAUAUCUCGAGUAUGGCCAUUAACAUCCAAACAAGUUGCAGCAGGUCACACCGAGGCGAGGCCAGAAAGGAAAGCGAGGUUGGCAACCGGUCGUUCCUUCAUGUUGUUUCGUCCGUUUAAUCUGUCAUCGCGCUUCAUCGUGGCGUCUCCUCGCUACUCGUACGCCUUUGAAUGUACCUACGUCUUUGGGCCGCGACGUGAACCGGAAGCCUCCCGUUUUAGGCGGUCGGCUUCGGCAGCCAUCGAACGCCGCCGGAAUCUAACCUCCGGCGGCUCCCCAUGGCGGCGGCACCGUCCGAUGGCCAGAACUCCAAGGGGAACAUGUGGGUCCUGGAUCAGAAGCUGGAUCAGCCCAUGGAGGAAGAGGCCGGUCGGCUCCGCGACAUGCACCGAGAAAAGAGGUUGACGUCGGCGGCGAUUCUGCGGCUCGCGUUCCAGAGCCUGGGCGUCGUUUUCGGAGACCUGGGAACCUCUCCUCUCUAUGUCUUCUGCAACGCCUUCCCUCGGGGGGUGGACGAUCCGGAGGAUGUGGUGGGAGCUCUUUCUUUGAUCAUAUACUCCCUAACGCUCGUCGUGCUCCUCAAGUAUGUUCUUGUGGUGUUGAGGGCAAAUGACAAUGGUCGGGGUGGAACAUUUGCACUUUAUUCGCUACUUUGCAGGCAUGCGAAAAUUAAAACUAUUCCAGACCAACAUCGGACAGAUGAAGAACUAACAACCUAUAGUUGCCAGACAUAUGAGGAUAACUCACUAGCAGCAAAGGUCAGGUGGUGGUUGGAAGCACAUGCAUACAAGAAGAACACUAUCCUUGUUCUUGUUAUUAUUGGUACUUGUAUGGUUAUUGGUGAUGGAAUUCUCACUCCUGCUAUAUCAGUUUUAUCAGCAGCAAGUGGAAUCAAGGUGAAUCACCCCGAGAGAAGUAAUGAUGCAAUAAUAAUUGUAGCCGUCAUCAUAUUGAUUGGUCUAUUUAGCAUGCAACACUAUGGUACAGAUAGAGUUGGAUGGCUUUUUGCUCCCAUUGUCCUCCUAUGGUUUGUUAUGAUUGGAGUUAUUGGUGCUAUGAAUAUAUGGAAGUACGAUCAUUCAGUUCUAAGGGCUUUUUCUCCAGUUUGUGUAUAUUGGUACUUAAGACGGGGACACAAUAUUUGGACUUCCUUGGGUGGAAUAAUACUAAGUAUCACAGGAACAGAAGCAUUAUUUGCUGAUGUGUGUCUUUUUCCUGUGCUUGCUGUUCAGCUUGCUUUCACUCUAGUUGUGUUUCCCUGCCUUCUAUUGGCGUACGCUGGACAAGCAGCAUAUAUUACGAAGAAUAAACAUCAUGUAGCAGAUGCAUUUUAUCUUUCUAUUCCUGAUGUCAUAUACUGGCCAGUGUUCAUUGUCGCAGCUGCAGCAGCUGUAAUUGGUAGCCAAGCCACUAUCUCCGCUACCUUCUCAAUUAUCAAGCAAGCACAAGCACUUAGGUGCUUUCCUAGAGUCAAGAUUAUUCAUACAUCAAAAAAAAAUCUAAAUCAGAUAUACAUUCCAGAUAUCAAUUGGGUUCUUUUGAUUCUCUGUAUAGCUGUUACUGCUGGAUUCGGAAAUAAAAGUCAGAUUGGAAAUGCCUAUGGAACUGCUGUUGUGAUAGAUAUGUUGGUAACAACACUCCUCAUGAUCCCAAUUAUGCUGUUGGUAUGGCGGAGCCAUUGGACCCUUGUCACUGCCUUUGCCAGUCUGUCAUUGCUUGUAGAGCUCACAUAUCUCUCAGCGGUACUACUGAAGGUCGAUCAAGGUGGUUGGGUCCCUCUUGUGGUUGCAGCAGCAUUUCUCCUAACAAUGUAUGUGUGGCACUAUGGUACCAAGAAACGAUACGAGUUCGAGAUUCAUAGCAAGGUCUCUGUGGCAUGGAUUCUAGGACUGGGUCCCAGCUUAGGCCUUGUCCGUGUUCCUGGAAUAGGCCUCAUAUAUACAGAAUUGGCCAGUGGCGUUCCCCGUAUCUUCUCUCACUUCAUUACCAACCUCCCAGCCAUCCACUCUGUUGUGGUCUUUGUUUGUGUGAAGUACCUUCCGGUGUACUCUGUUCCUUCAGAGGAACGGUUCCUAGUCAAAAGGAUCGGACCAAAGGAUUACCACAUAUUCCGCUGUGUUGUGAGAUAUGGGUAUAAAGACCUUCACAGGAAGGAUGAUUUUGAGAAGCUGUUGUUUGAAAGCCUUACUUUAUUUGUUCAUAUGGAGGCCGUGGAUGAAUAUUAUUCCGAUUCCACUAAUGUGGUUACUACAACGAAUGGCAGCACAUCAUCUUCUGCAGUGGAUUUGACACAUUCAUCAUCUGUUGAUUCAAGUGUGCCUGUACAAUCAUACCAGAGUGACUGUCAGGUCAGGUCAUUUAGACGAAAUGCGGAUCUGACCGUGCAUGAAGAGUUGGAAUUUCUGAACAUGUGUCGGGAUGCUGGAGUCGUGCACUUUCUUGGGAACACAAUAAUAAGGGCUCAAAGGGAUUCACAUUUUCUCAAGAAAAUUGCUGUCAAUUACAUAUAUUCGUUCCUCAGGAGGAUUUGCAGGGAGAAGAGUGUCAUCUUUAAGGUUCCCCAUGAGAGUCUGCUAAAUGUUGGGCAGGUACUCUACGUAUAGAUUCUCUGAUCUAGUAAUAUGCAUUGGUUGGCAUGCACAAGAGCAAGUGUUUAAAUCUACCUUCGUUGUUUUCGGUAUGGCGAUUGUGUGAAUCACACUGUAACCAACACAGAGUUGCAAUAAAUACCAUGAGCAUGAGCAAGAAAAAUGCUGUGAUGAGAAAUCCAGUAGAAAAAUCAUUUUCCUGAGAUUUCCAUGAGGUCAGCUUUGAGGAAUUUCUUUGAUCAUAUUAAUGUGACUGCCUUUCCGAAUGAAUUUAUGUGUGGCAUCCUAACUGAUAUGGCUGCAUAUUUGAUUGAACAGAAGGGAUGUCUUGAAAUGUCAAGGAUGUUCAUUAUCUAAUUGUUCAUGAUAUAUCACUUGAUGUAUGCCAGUCAUGUUGGUUGCCAAGAUUGAAUUGAGUUGAUGUUCA